CUCUCUCACUCGUACGUGUUUGUUUCUGAUAGAAAUGUGCGCUAUAGUUGAAUAAAACUCUCCCCGAAUCGUGGUUUACGGUCUUCGCAGAUUCUACUUCUUAGUGCGGGAGUGGCCUUCACGAUCUCGCCACCUUUCUCUAUCUCUGUUCCUCGCAUACAUUGUCGACCAUACAUAAUUUCGGAUCACCACAUGAUCAUUUCCUUUUUCCUUCUUCCAAUUCAGAAAAUAACCCAUUUCUCUUCUACUCUUCUUUCAACUAUGUUUCUGUCGUUUUUCUCAGUUUGUUUUCUUGUUUGAAGGGUUAUCCUUCGUGGGUUUUCUUUAUUUUUUUUUUUUCUGAACACAAUUCUAAGAUUCUUCGACUCCCUCUCUUCUCGUUUAAUAUUAUUGGUAUUCAUCUCAUAUUUGGUUUUGGGGGGUUUUGGCUUCUCUUUUAUAUUCUUCUGCUUUUCGGGUCAUUCCAUUUCUAUCUUCAUUUAUCCCUUUGCCCCCAACUUAUAUAUUAUUGUCAAUUUUGUGAGUGCGAUAUAGUGCUUCUGAUUUUGUUUCUGUUAGUUUUGAUGGGCUGUUGAUGUCAUUGUUGGUGUGGCGUCAAGUACCAAAAUCAUGGGUUUUGAUGAGCAUGGCAAUGAGGAAGUUUCAGAGACGAAAACAACACCAAAAACUUCUCCUGAUGGAGAAGAAUAUCAACUUGAUGCACAUAAAAGUGGUGGGAUGAGCAGAGAAAUGAGUGAGAGCUCUAUUCAUGCAACUGAGGAAGAGGAAGAGGAUGAAGAAAGGAAGAUUGAGUUGGGUCCUCAGUACACUCUCAAAGAACAACUUGAAAAGGAUAAGGAUGAUGAGAGCUUGAGAAGAUGGAAGGAACAGCUUCUUGGAAGUGUGGAUUUUAAUUCUGUUGGAGAAACUCUAGACCCAGAAGUGAAGAUCCUGAGCCUUGCAAUCAAAUCUCCUGGUAGACCUGAGAUUGUUCUUUCUAUUCCUGAGGAUGGAAAUCUUACUGGCAUAUGGUUCACCUUAAAAGAAGGCAGCCGCUAUAGCCUGCAGUUCACUUUUCAAGUUGGAAAUAACAUUGUAUCUGGCCUCAAGUACACUAACACAGUUUGGAAAACUGGUGUGAAGGUGGAUAGCACAAAGGAGAUGCUCGGAACCUUCAGUCCUCAGGCAGAACCUUACACGCAUGAGAUGCCUGAGGAAACUACUCCAUCGGGUAUAUUUGCCAGAGGAUCAUAUUCAGCUAGAAGUAAGUUUGUUGAUGAUGACAACAAGUGCUAUUUGGAGAUCAACUACACAUUUGAUAUCCGCAAAGAAUGGCAGUCAACUUAAAACUCUCCAGUUUUUUUUCCCCUUCAGAUUUCAUUGUUGUGGCUCGAGUCAAUUGUUUUCCCAGUUUAAAUAUGAUUUGGAUGUUAAGACAUAUCUUGUUUUUGUUUUCUCAUUAUGAAUCCUGUCAGAACUGGUCUUCUCAGCAAUGAAGGGAGGAUUGAAAAAUAGAAGUUCAACUAGAUGUUCAUUUGGUAGGUGUGGUUAAUAAAAUUGGAUCUUAAUUAGUUUAAA